AUGGAUAUAGAUGAUGUGAUCUGCAACUUGCGUGUUGUUGGCAUGCCAACCAAGAGUGCUAUAUACACAUGGGGAUAUAACCAGAGUGGCCAGACUGCACGCAAGGGCAAGGAGCGCCACCUGAGGAUCCCCAAGAGCCUACCUCCCAAACUAUUCACCUGUAGGGAUGGCGAGAACCUCAGAUGGAUUGAUAUUGCAUGUGGCCGUGCGCACACUGCUGCAGUAGUUUCUGACGGAUCACUCUUCACCUGGGGUGCAAAUGACUUUGGCCAGUUGGGAGAUGGGACAGAGGAGAGUGCAAAGGAACCUAAAAAGGUCAAUGCACUGGCGACUGAGUUUGUGAAAUCGGUGUCCUGUGGUGCACACUGUACAGCUGCUAUUGCUGAACCUCGAGAAAAUGAUGGCUCAAUAUCGAGAAGCAGGUUAUGGGUUUGGGGACAAAAUCAGGGCUCAGAUUACCCUCGCCUAUACUGGGGUGCUUUUGCACCAAACACGGUAAUUCGGCAGGUUUCUUGUGGAGCUGUUCAUGUGGUGGCCCUAUCGGAUGAUGGCCUGCUGCAAGCAUGGGGCUACAAUGAGUAUGGUCAGCUUGGCAGAGGUUGUACUUCUGAAGGAUUGCAGGGAGCUCGUGUAUUAAAUGCUUAUGCAAGGUUCCUUGAUGACACACCCGAGCUAGUGAAGAUUGUUAGAGUAUCAUGUGGAGAGUACCAUGCAGCAGCUAUAUCAGAAAACGGGGAGGUGUAUACAUGGGGACUUGGAAGCCUGGGGCAGCUUGGGCAUCGUUCACUUCAGUCUGGAGAUAAGGAGCUGAUCCCAAGGCGAGUUGUUGCCCUUGAAGGGAUAGUAACUAGGGAUGUGUCUUGUGGUGGGGUUCACUCUUGUGCUGUAACGGAAGGUGGAGCCCUCUACGGUUGGGGUGGAGGACAUGUGGGCCAACUGGGGCUUGGACCUCAGAACGGUUUCUUUUCAUGCGCUCUUAAUGGAUCCGACAUGCUACUUCGUAACAUUCCAGUCCUGGUCAUACCAUCAGGUGUCCGGCUUGUUACUUGUGGUCACUCGCACACACUUGUAUCUAUGAAAGAUGGACGUAUAUAUGGAUGGGGCUAUAAUAGUUAUGGUCAGGCAGCUAAUGAGAAAUCUACUUAUGCUUGGUACCCUUCUCCGGUUGAUUGGUGUGUUGGAGAGGUGAGAAGACUUGCUGCAGGUGGCGGGCAUUCAGCUGUGUUAACUGAUGCAUCGUCCUUAAAAGAACUAUGCGAGUUUAAGCUAGCAGAGACUGUAAAUAGGUCGAACGCUCGGCUAAUAGAAGAUGUUGCAUCACGAACCGGGGCUGAUGCAUUGGCACGCCUGUGUGAGAAAUUAAGGGAACAUUUGGUUGAGCAAGGAGACUCUGAACUUAUGGAAAUGCACAUGGUUGAAGAGAUCGAGGCCAAAGCCAGGUAG